UUCUUCUCUUUCGACGAGGAUGGGAUUCGAACCCACGCGUGCAGAGCACAUUGGAUUAGCAGUCCAACGCCUUAACCUCUCGGCCACCUCGUCUUGUGGGGGCCCCGGCAACCCGUUUCAAAUUACAAACAUAUAAUUUUAUUUUCUUUUGUUUGAUUUACUAAUUAUUUAAAAAUGUAAAAAUAUUUGUUAUCUUUCCAUGCCUUAUCCUAAAAAAAAUAUAAUUUGUUCCUUAUGAUUGUUGGAUACACACAAAUAGAAGGUACACAAACCGCGGUACGUGACAUUUAAUUAGCAAAUUAAAAAAUUAAAAUGAAACAACAAAUACACAAUAGAAAUAAAUAAUGCGCGAUGAACAAGAAACUCCGACAAACUGACGAAGACAAGAGAGAGAAAAAAAGCAACUUUCGCCGACGAGGAUGGGAUUCGAACCCACGCGUGCAGAGCACAUUGGAUUAGCAGUCCAACGCCUUAACCUCUCGGCCACCUCGUCUUGUGCCUGAAGGUCACGUUACGUACCAAUAUUACCUCAGCUCGUUGAUUCUCACUGCUAUGCAAUGCACACCGGACGAGUUUGUUUCAAUUUUCCAUAUUCCAUUUUCAAUUUUCCCCCUUUUUACUUCGCAUUUUUCAUCACAUAAUAUAUAAUAAAUAAACUUUAACUCGCCUUGAGCAUUUCCUCUCAGUAAGUGAAGAUUUUGUUCUUUUCUAGAAAGUUGAUAACGCGAGAGGAAAGGGAGAUCGGGUGGUUUAAAAUAAAUUUGUACCAUGCCCUUUUACCAAACUGCCCCAUAUCUCAUAUGUUCGCUUUGUCAAGGUCUCUGUAACGGUGGCAGUCCCCUGCUAAAUGGAGGGAAAUAUAACAGAUUAACUGGUUGCUGGCAAGCCGGACCGCUCGAACCAAUAAAAACCACAGAUGUCUGUGCCCUGCCGUAUACCGAUCGUGUGAUCGGUACGCCAAGAGAUCGCAACACAACGUUAAUCUCUCGCGGAUCGUUUUGGUGGACGUCAUAAUUUUCAAGAGGAUUUCCGUCGUAACGUCGAUGGCCGCCAAGCAAUAACAAAAACGGCAUAAAACCGUAUUUGCCCUAUAGAACAGAACAGGGGAUGGGGUGUUUAAUUUUAGCAAAAUUGCACGCGACACAAGCCUAUCCCCGUUGAAGAUCGUGUUGAGGGAUGGAUUGAAGCAGAGUUUUAUGUUUAAGAUAUACUUCUGAUGACACCACGCUGCUGAUGUGCUAUAAAUGUGAAAAAACCACUUUGUUCCCGUUUGUCCAAACACUAGUGCAUCCUGUGACUGCACGAUUUGUUUGCAACCGGCAACCAAAUCAACGUCCAACUAGAAUCAGCUAACCUUCGGUCAUUAGGACAUAAACCUUGUGUGCGCCGCGACAUGGAUGGUCAACAACAUCACCAACCAAGACGCGACCAGACAGCUGGCGAUAGCAUGUCUACCUCGUCGUCCCGUUGCUGUCAUGACUUUUUGAAAUGAAGUGAAAAACGUUGUGUGCGACGGUUUUCCCACACAAUGUUAGACCGUUUCGAAUUUUCUUCGAAACCUCCCACCCCGUGGUAGAGUAGCAUCGGAAUAUUACGAGGGAAAACCGCCACAGUACAACGAGCUACACAGGCAGUUGUUGUACCAGUGCCACAACAACCAGACGUUAGUAGUGGAACGCGCUUUCCACCACACGGAGUGCAACAGAACCAAGUGUUUGAUAAGCAUGAAGUAUCCCAACACACUGGACCUUAACACCUACCGGGCGUAUAUGUGUGCGCGGCAUCUAAAUCGUGACAAGAGUCGCUUGCUGGAUGCCAUCAAUCUCGACUGGGACCUGAACGUACCGGAACCGCUCAAGAUUCUCUGCCUGAAAGCGAUAGCGGAAAAUUGGAUGACCGUACCGUUCUUCCGGGAGUUGCCACUGUGUGAAGAUCGCCAGUAUCUGCUCGAUUUGCUCGAUCUUAACUUCCCGCUCGACGUUCUAUGUUUGCGCGUACGUAGUGAUGCCUUCUGGAAGCGAGCCUUUCAUCACCGGUGGCGUACGUUCGUGCCGAUAGAGGUUGGUUCAAAACCAUGGAUCCGGAUCUACCUCGAGCAGCAUCUGUCGGAAAUGGUGGAACAUCUAAAACCGACCGAUUACGAUCAGGAAGGGAUCAAGAAGAUCGUCGAUCUUUGCUCGCCGUUUGUGCGCGAGUUGCGUAUCGAACGGCUGCAACCUUCCCUGUCGGACAACAGUGAUCACGUACCGCUGGAUGUAGUGUUGGCCAACUUGCGUCGAUUACAGCGCAUCAGCCUGACGUACGAUGUGAAGGAUGUAGGCCACAAUUUCUUUCUCGGUUGUGCCACAAUCACCGAGAUGGAUGUGAAGCUGAUGACGCAAGGUUUAGAACGGUGCAGCGAGCUGACGGAGUUCCGCUUGCACAGCAGCAAGCUCGAACCGACCAUGAUGAAGCGCAUCAGUGCGGCACUUGGCAAGGGUUGUCCAAACUUGAGAACGAUCGCGUUUCCUCACUGCCGCUGCGGAGAUAUUGGAUUGCGCGCGUUCUGCGAACCCAUCAAUCCGAACUCGUUUCCCAACGUGCGGGAAGUUAUACUGACCAACAACUUUUUGUCCCCUGAGAGUGUCCAAGAGCUUACCUGGCGGCUGCGACAUCGUCAAAUCGAAAAGUUAGAUUUGAGACUCAAUCCUAUCCUUACAGAAGGUGCAUCCAUCAUAAUGACGAGUGUAUUUUACAUGCCCCUGCAAGAACUCAAUCUUAGCUGCUGCUCGAUCGACGAGCAGAUCGAAGAAUAUCUGCUGAUGCUGAUUCGUUUCAAUUACACAAUCAAACGGUUCGAUAUCUCAUCCAACCGCUUAUCACCGGCCAUGGGCGAACGAUUGCUGCAGCGUGUCUACGAAAAUAAAACCCUCCAGCAGUUCGAUUUGCGCAACACGGACAUCUCGUACGAUGUGCGGGCCAUCAUCGACGAGGUAAUAUUGGAGAAUCGCGAUCCGCACAGUUUGCACAUGUUUUAACAACCGACUAAGAAGGAUGGAAAGAGCUGUCCAAAGAGGAUGGAUUAAAGGCGCGUCCAAAGACCGAUAUGUGGUUAUCGUGGUUGUGUGUAUGUUAGUUUGUAAGCAUUAAAACUGGAAAAAAAUCCCGACAAAUGGAUAAAUAUGCCUGAGAAUGUGAGCACCAGGAUUUUUACGCAACUUUUUAAAUUAAUUUUAAAUCCUACGUGUAGGGAAACUCCUUGUCCACAUUACUAUUCAUUCUAAUACAUAAUUUGUAGUAUUAAUUACCUAAAGAAAAUAUUAGACGUUGUUUUACGUAUUUCGAUCGAUGUAAUUUGAAAAUAAUAAAGCCUAAUAAAGAUCUGGGUACCUCAAAA